UGAUCAUUGCGCUUAACGGUUCUCGCGUGAGCGCCAUAUUCAAAUGAAGAAGGACACGAAUUUAACGUUAAUAUUUAGUCUGGUUUUCCACACAAAGCAGUCAAAUAUCUUCAGAAAACUUGGAAUAACGCGAACGAAUCAGAUGGACUACCUUUUAAGAUAGGUACUUUUAUCAUGGAUUCACGGAUGUAAACGUCAUACAUGAAUCACAUGUGGGAUUGUUUGCAGUUGUAGUAACACUCACUGUAUGACUUGCCCACCCUCGACAAAUUCUGCUCUGAACAUAUGCUUCACCAGGCUUUGGUAUCAACAUCAACAAGAAUAUGAUGUUCCACAAGGUACACCGAGGACCCAGCUCCCCAGCCAAGAUCAGUUCCCUCAAUCAAUAGGAGCAGUGUUCUAUGGACAGGGUACGUAGAUAAACAACUCAUUCUUGUUAGAUGGGCCGCAGAAGCAGCUCUGGCAAAGGCUUUUAUGAGCGCAAACAUCAUAAUGCAGUCUCAAAACGGUUGCUCCGACAAGGACGACCAUGACUGAUUUCCAACUCCUGAGAUCCUUUGUACAGUACCAGAAGUGUCACCUCUGUUUUGUCCAAUUCAUUUCUCAUCUCAGCCAUAUUUGUGUGUGCUGCACACUGCAUCUUGUCUACUGACGGCAGAAUAUUGUUCGAAAUGCGGGGAUCAUUUACGGCUAACGCUCUGCAGCCUAAUGUGCACUGCAUUUUGCCUCAAUGCAUCAUUUCUUCAAAUGGAGCCCUUGAUUGAUGGCCUGCGCCAUUCCAAACACCAUCCUGUCUGUAAUAAUGCAUCACCUGUUGCGCUCUGGUUUGCAAUUUCUAUUUGAAAUUAUUCUGUGAUAAUGAAGUGCAAAUGCUCUUGGUUUUGGCAUGAGAUUGAACUGCUUCAAUGUAACAACCUUUCUACAGGCAAAUCAUCUCCUUGGUCUCUCGUAGCCGAGUUAAUAAAUCUAGGUGCAAUGACGAGAAAGGGCCGUCAACAGAUUGUCUUUUGCCAUUGUUGAUGGAUGAAAUUUCACAGUGAUCCCCAACUACUCAAUGUAACAAGUCAGUGUGUUUGAUAAAACAAGAAAUAUCUGUGCUCCAUAGAUGAUAACACAGGAAAUCGUAUUUAUCAUCCCAGGAACAGACGCACACUACAUCUGUUUACCACCACAUGGGUUGUCUUAAUUUCUUUCAGCAUAAAAUUGUGUAGCCUGUAAUGGAAACGCAGUCUUAACCGUUAUAUUUAACAGUCACAUUCUGUUGCUUUGGGUUAAGUGCCAGGGGAAUCAAAACGAUGCCUCAAAUAGUCAUAUUUUGCAUGACAAGUAUAGUCUAUAAAGUUGAAAUUUCAUAUCAUUUUUGGUACAACAAACAAACAUGGAAAAUAUGACAUUUCACAUUUCAUUUCAAUUUAAUACAGAACAAAUCUGCUGCCUCACAGGCAGACUCCAUUAAAACAAAAGUAUUGGAUGAUAACUUUCAAACUUGGCUCACAUGGAUAUGCGUAAUGUGAAUGUUAAAUCAUUGGCUUGGAUCAUGCAGUUACAAUUGAUUUAAGGUUAAAAGUUUCAUUAUGUCUUUAGAGAUGAAAUGUCUGUUCUCUCUGUUCUUUUACUGACAAGGUGAGUAUGUCUUUAUGACAGAUAAAGUGGAUGUGUGCAUUUGUACAUUUCAUCACACUUGCUAGUACUCUUCUCUUUACAGAUUUUAAUUGUUUCUCAAUUCACAUAUAAGGAAGUCUCAUGAAGCGUCCCACUGGAAGAAGGUCAUUGACAGUGCAUACCUACAUAUAGCAAGUAGGGGUGUGCACAAAUAGUCAAAUAUUCGAAUAUUCGUUCUGUAAUUAAUAUUCGAAAAAUAAAAAUACUAUUCGAAUUUUACUAUGUUGUUUUGCUGGCCGUAAAUGCAGUGAAUGAUAAAGCCUAAGCACUAAAACUCGCAAUUAUAACUAAAUGCACCGGGUGGCGCUGUGGAGCAUGUUUAACAAGUUCAUUUUAUUUGAUCUUCACAUAAUAUUGUCGUCUGCCUCGCGAAGUUUGGAAUUACUUGGAUGAAAAUGAUCGUACACAAUGGAAUUACUUUUGAUCAAAUGAAUUAAUGAAACUGAGUUAUCAUAAUAUCACCACCAUUUUGAGAAAGCACAUGAAAUGAGGAAAGACAGCUGUCCAUCAUUUACAUUCACGACAGCUUUGAGGAUGAGCAGCAGAUGCUAGAGUUUUGCAGUGGCUGUUAGGCAGUAAGGAAUGACUUCUUCACAAGUUCUGACUGUCGUCUUGAAGGCUUGUAGCUAACAGGACCUUAAGGACUCUCAGAAGUACUUCAAAUUCCACAGUUUUAAGGAACGGGGAAAGAAAACAAUCUCUUUUGCUUGGAGGUCCAUUCCCCAGCGUUUGGUGGGUUUAGGUGGUGAGUGGACUAGACUCUGUGAUGUGGAGUGCUGCUCUGGAUUUGAGUGCCCACUACUAGAGCAACAACUUCCUGUGCCUCAAGAUGGAUUAGAGCUUCACGCCUCCGGAGAUCAAAGGUGGCUGUGUGAAGGGGGACCCCCAGGGCUGGACCCAUGAGGAGUCAAAGAAGAUGCUCGCAGCCUGGGCGUCUCUGCUCUUCUUAGCCAUGUGGGUGAGAAACGCCACCAGUGGCCCGCUCUCAUUCAGAAUAGCUGCCAUUCUUGAUGACCCGAUGGAGUGUAGCCGCGGGGAGCGAUUGGCCAUCACUCUGGCGAAAGAAAGCAUCAAUCGUUCCAGCAACCGCUCUACCACAGGCAAACUGGAGGUGGACAUCUUUGAGCUGCUCCGAGACAGUGAAUACGAGACAGGAGAAACUAUGUGCCAGAUCAUGUCCAAGGGGGUUGUGGCAGUCCUGGGCCCCUCUGCCAGCCCGGCAUCCAACUCCAUCAUCAGUAAUAUCUGCGGUGAGAAAGAGGUGCCGUACGUGAAGGUGGCUCCGGAGGACAUACUGAAGGUGCAGUUUCCUCGCUUUACCACGCUGGACCUCAGGCCCACUAACACGGACAUCAGCAUGGCUGUAGCCGGACUGCUAACGUUCUUUAACAGCAGCACGUCGUGUCUCAUAUGUGCUCAGGCCGAUUGCCUAUUAAACCUGGAGGUGUUACUGAGACAGUUUCUCAUCUCCAAGGAAACCCUCUCUGUUCGCAUGCUGGAUGACAGCCAGGAUCCCACCCCUCUUCUCAAGGAGAUCCGCGAUGACAAGACUGCCACCAUUAUAGUGGAUGCCAACGCCACCAUGUCUCACGUUAUUUUGGAAAGGGCCUCAGAGUUAGGGAUGCUGUCAGUGUACUACACCUACAUCCUGACUUCCUUGGAAUUCUCUCUGCUACGAUUGGACGAUUUAGCUGAUCAGCGAGUCAACAUCGUCGGGUUUUCAGUCUUCAACAGGACGCAUCCCUUCUUUCAGGACUUCGUCCUCAGCCUCAAUCGAUCCUGGCAGGAGAACUGUGAUCAUGCGCCUUUUGCAGGAACACCACUUUCGUCAGCGCUGCUGUUUGAUGCAGUGCACACAGUGGUGGCAGCCGUGCAGGAGCUGAACCGUAGCCAGAAUGUAGGAGCCACUCAGCUCUCCUGCAAGUCCUCUAAGAUCUGGGAGCACGGCACAAGUCUGAUGAACUACCUGAGGAUGGUAGAGUUGGAAGGUCUAACAGGCCACAUCGAAUUCAACAGUAAAGGCCAACGCUCGAACUAUGUCCUCCGGAUCAUGCAGAACAGCAGGGAUGGCCUAAGGCAGAUCGGUCAGUGGCAUUCAGAGCAUGGACUGUCUAUGGAGAAGAAGCUUCCAUCACUUAACGUGACAGACACACUAUUCAACACCACUCUCACCAUAACUACCAUCCUGGAGAAUCCGUAUGUAAUGCUGAGAGCCAAUCACCAGGAACUAGAAGGGAACGAGCGCUAUGAGGGCUUCUGCGUGGACAUGCUGAAGGAGUUGGCAGAUAUCCUGAAGUUCAAGUAUCGUAUUCGGCUAGUCGGGGACGGCGUGUACGGCGUGCCGGGCGCCAAUGGCACCUGGACGGGCAUGGUGGGAGAGCUCAUCAGCAGGAAGGCUGACUUGGCUGUGGCCGGCCUGACCAUCACGGCUGAGAGGGAGAAGGUCAUUGAUUUCUCCAAACCCUUCAUGACUCUGGGAAUCAGCAUCAUGUAUCGAGUACACAUAAAUCGGCUCCCAAGUUCUGUUCCAGCGGUUAUUGGAUCUUCUGUGUGUGCCAAAAUGGGAAGAAGACCGGGGUAUUUCUCCUUUUUGGAUCCGUUCUCUCCUGGGGUUUGGCUUUUCAUGUUGCUGGCGUACCUGGCAGUCAGCUGCGUGCUCUUUUUGGUGGCGAGGCUAACACCCUACGAAUGGUACAACCCGCACCCCUGCCUGAAGGGGCGCUGUAACCUGCUGAUUAACCAGUAUUCUCUGGGCAACAGUUUCUGGUUUCCUGUGGGGGGUUUCAUGCAGCAAGGCUCCACCAUCGCCCCCAGAGCCCUGUCCACACGCUGUGUCAGUGGAGUAUGGUGGGCCUUCACCUUGAUCAUCAUCUCUUCCUACACAGCCAACCUGGCGGCCUUUCUCACUGUGCAGAGGAUGGAGGUGCCCAUCGAAUCGGUGGACGAUCUGGCUGACCAGACGGCCAUCGAAUACGGCACCAUGCACGGCGGGUCCACCAUGACCUUCUUCCAGAACUCCCGGUACCAGACGUACCAGCGCAUGUGGAACUUCAUGUACUCCAAGCAGCCCAGUGUAUUCGUGAAGAGCACAGAGGAGGGCAUCGCCCGAGUGCUCAACUCCAAUUACGCCUACCUGCUGGAGAGCACCAUGAACGAGUACUACCGCCAGCGCAACUGCAAUCUCACCCAGAUCGGAGGCCUGCUGGACACCAAGGGCUAUGGCAUUGGCAUGCCUCUGGGCUCUGUCUACAGAGAUGAGUUUGACCUGGCCAUACUCAAACUACAAGAGGAUAACCGCCUAGAGAUCCUGAAGAGGAAAUGGUGGGAUGGUGGCAAGUGUCCGAAAGAGGAGGAUCAUCGAGCGAAAGGUCUGGGCAUGGAGAACAUUGGUGGGAUCUUCGUGGUGCUUGUGUGUGGUCUGCUGGUGGCCAUCUUCAUGGCAGUGCUGGAGUUUGUUUGGAUGCUGCGUCAUACUCCAGGAACAGAGCUGUCCGUGUGCGAGGAGAUGCUACGAGAGCUGCAGGGCAUCGUGCUGUGUCAGGACAGUCUGCAGUUACGGCGCAGGCGCGGAGCCAGCGUUCUGCGACCACAGCCCCUGCCCCUGGACGAGCGGCGGGCGCGGGCGGCGGCGGCGAGCCUCAGCAACGGCAAGCUGUGCACAGGCACCGGCCUGCCCGAACCCCUCUCCCACAGACUGGCGCAGGAGGCCGCCCUGGUGGCGCGAGGGUGCAGUCACAUUCGCAUCUGCCCGGAGUGCCGGCGCUUCCAGGGCAUUCGAGUGCGCCCCGCCGGCCCCCCGGGAGCUUCGCCCACCCACAGCGAGGAGAGUAUAGAGUGGGAGAAGGGCACCAACAACAGUGAACACGAAUAACCUCUCUUACCUGUGUCGGAUAGAUGUUAAACGACGGCUUUGCUGGACCCAAGGAUUAUGGGAGCAUUGGCUCCGGAGAAGGAGCUAACGGAGAUGCUGUCCGUGCUGCUCGAUUCGGCCCAGGAGCUGCGUCUGGUUUCUGUACACUGUCCUUACGGCCCUCUGCUUUUGGGGGACACAGCAGAGGGGCUUUGUACUAUGCAGUAUAUUGUCUUACUGUGCUGUUGAUUUAUUUUUAAAUUAUUCCUCUUUUGUUGUGAAACCACUAUAUUGCUAUUAUCUCCUUCUCACGACAUCCGUUUAGUUUGGUUUUUCACACAGACGCGUACAGCGGACGACUGCAGACUCGAUCCACUAUCGCUCAACCUUUUUAGAGUGCCAAAAUACUUUGUAUUAUUUUGUGCUGUCGCCUUCUCAUGCCGGCCCCUGGUGGAGUAACUAUUAAGAGAACUGAAUACAAAAACAACUGCGAUCUGUUUUUAUUAAUAGUCAUAUUCUAUUAAAAAGGUUUUUGGGAUGUUUCUGAAUGUUUGAUGUGCAUGUAUGAGGGUUUUAGAUGCUAUUGAAUGGAGAAAAACAAGAGUUUCAAGACACUUUUUACACUUUGCUUUUCAUUCUUUUGAGUUAGAUUCAUAUUGUUGCACUCUUUGGAUAUGAAAAUUGCACAUAGUUGUGGAAAAGUGGAAUAUUAUGCUCCCGUUUAAGAAAUUUGCAUUCGGAAACUAACUAGGAUUAAUACCGAUAUCUAUUGACCCUUAUUUUUGUCAUUCUAGCAGGAUUCUUGGAGGUAUCAAGUGUGUUCGCUUUCAAAAAAACAUGUCAGGAAAGUGAGAUCUUGAGUUGAUUUUGUUCCUGACGAGGUCUUACGUUCAUCUGUACCACUCAAUACAUGAAGAAAUCAUCAGGGUCACUACAUCUAACAUGUCUGUGUGAUGAGACAUUGGAGAUUGUGGGCCUAUGUACAUCAGGUAUUUCUUUAUAUUACAUAACAGCUCAUAAUGUUUGAAGUUAUUGGGGGUUUUCUUUCUAAUUAUUAUUUGAUACCAGAAACGUCCAUUUGUUCAUGUGAUGUCUUUGGUUCAUCCUUCUUUUUUUUUUUUCAAAGAGAGACAUCUGGUGAACAACCUUUUAAAAAUGGAUUCAACCAAUCAGUUUUAUCAACGUACCACAGCUGAUGCAGAAUUUGGAUACCAAAAUGAAUUUAUUUUAUUAGGCAUGAUGUUAUCCUCAACUUGCAGUGCCAAAUUGUAAUAAAUUGCCUUCAUGUUUUGGAGAGCCAUUAGAGGUGACUUAUUAACCAUGUUGAUUUUUCUGUGCAUUUCUAUUGAACUGAAUCCAUUUCUAAAUGAUAUUUCAAUACGGUGUUAGUGCCUGACAAAAAUAAAUGGCAUUGUGUUCAGUUCUGAGAAA